GAGAGGAUAGGCGGCGCGAGGAGCAUGAGCGCGAGGACGACCUCGAUCGACAGUCCCAGGCAUCCACAUACCGCGAUCGGCGUGCACCCGAUAAACCGCGCAUCACGUUGUCCACAUUCACAGGCAGUGAUCCGGACGCAUGGCUCAAUAGGGCAACGCAAUAUUUUGAGCUCAAUGAAACCGAUGGUACAGAUCGCGUCAGGUAUGCCGCUUAUUAUCUCGAUGGUGAGGCCAAUGUAUGGUGGCAAUGGCUCACAAGGAUUUAUCACAAGCGACAACAAAUUAUCACUUGGGAUGUUUUUGAAAGAGAGUUGCUUACACGGUUUGGUACGUCUGAUUAUCAUAACUACAAUGAGGCUCUUACGCGCAUACGACAAACGGGCAGUCUACGCGAAUACAUCAGGGAGUUCGAAGGAUUAGCUUGCCGCGUGCGCGACUGGCCGGAAGAUGCAUUAGUCGGCGCGUUUAUAGGCGGGUUGAAAUUUAACUUGGCUGCUGAGGUUCGGCUCGAGAGGCCCGACACCAUGCAUGACGCGAUGGAAGUGGCCCGACGACGAGAAGAUCACCUGGUUGCAACACGAAGGGGACGGGCGGACACCCGGAUUCCCGAUACACGUCGCACGGGUCCAAGCCAAUUACCUGCGAGCGCGCGGCCUACUUUCAAUACGCGGCCAGCAGGGUCAUUAGUCCGACGACUGUCGCCAGAGGAAGUCAGGCGGCGACGUGAAAAGGGUCUUUGUUUUAAGUGCGAGGAGAAGUUUACCCCGGGGCAUCAGUGCAAGCAAGCCUUUGUAAUUGAGGUUGCCAACCCGGACGACAAGGAGGGUGAG